GUGGGCGGACGAUGGGUCAGCGCGGAUAAAGUGAAUGAGGACGGCGCCGCGAGCUCCUGACUCGGCUGGGCCCGCCGGCUCCAUGGACGCGCCGUGCGCCUCGGCCGCCAAGCCCCCCACCGGGAGGAAGAUGAAGUCUCGGGCUCCGCCUCCCCCCGGGAUGCCUGCCACCCCAACCGUGCAGAGGGGACAGAGCCCUCACCGCGGAGCGUCCCCCGUCCGCCAGCAGAACCUGCUGUCCCUGAAGGAGAACCUGCGGGACCGGGCGGUGGACCUGACCGUAGUGCUGCCCAGCGGGCUGGAGAAGAGGAGCCUGGUCAGUGGGAGCCACGCGAUGAUGGACCUGCUGGUCGAGCUCUGCCUUCAGAACCACCUGAACCCCUCCCACCACGCUCUUGAGAUCUGGUCUUCAGAAACCCAGCAGCCUUUGAGUUUUAAGCCAAAUACUUUAGUCGGGACCCUGAAUGUGCGCACUGUGUUUUUGAAAGAAAAAGUUCCUGAAGAGAAGGUGAAGCCUGACCCGCCUAAGAUGCCUGAGAAAUCCGUGCGCUUGGUCGUGAACUACCUGCGGACACAGAAGGCCGUGGUGCGCGUGAGCCCCGAGGUCCCCCUCCAGAACAUCCUCCCCGUCAUCUGCGCGAAGUGUGACGUGAGCCCGGAGCACGUGGUGCUCCUCAGGGACAACGUGGGGGGCGAGGAGCUGGAGCUGUCCAAGUCCCUGAACGAGCUGGGGAUCAAGGAGCUGUACGCCUGGGACAACAAGCGAGAAACCUUCAGAAAGUCCUCCCUGGGCAUCGAUGAAGCCGAGAAAGAAAAGAAAAAGUUCCUCGGGUUUUUCAAAGUCAACAAAAGAAGCCACAAGGGCUCUUUGACCACGCCGAACUCCCCGUCCGAGAAUUCCCGCUCCAUGACGCUGGGCCCAUCCCUCUCGCUGAGCAACAUCUCAGGGAUGUCCAUGAAGUCGGACAUGAAGAAGCGCCGAGCCCCUCCGCCCCCCUCGCUGCCUGGGACGGGGCCGCCCGCGCAGGACAAGACGUCGGAGAAGAUGUCCCUGGGAUCGCAGAUGGACCUGCAGAAAAAGAAGAGGCGGGCACCAGCACCCCCGCCACCCAGCCCCCUGGUGCCCCCGCGCACCGAGGGCCGCGAGGAGAACAGGAAGAGCUCCACGGUUUACUGCUGUGCGUCAUUCCCUAGCCACGCCAAGCGCUUCUGAUGACGGCCCUCUGGACCUGCGCACCUGACCUGCCGUCCACUGUCCCGGCCCCGACUUUCCCGUCCACCUCCGUUCACUCUCUAGAAUUUACGUGUAAAUGCAUCAACGGCAGAGACUCGUUUGCUCAGGUUUCAUGUUUCCCUGUAGGCCGUGAAGACCUUUAUCCGUGAAUUCUCGGCUGAGCACAUGGACCGUCUGAGUUCCCCUCUUACCCACACAGGGCUAGGUUUCUGCUCAGAGCCUUGCCUCACUUGGACUCACUAUUCAUUCGGAUAUUUCUUAUUCGAUAUUCAGUUGCAGAAUGUCUUCCUUUACACUAGACUGUGCCCAUACGUUGGGCAGUGUAGUCAGUGCGGAGAGAAACGUCCUGUCCACCUGGUAAAACUCCGUGCCUGAACCAGGGACUGUGAGUAUCUGUAGGAACACAACUCGCGCUCAGGGAUGCGCAGGACCCAACGUCUCUGUGAGUGUGUUUCAGGUGUUCCCCUCCCCGUGUCCCCCCAGGUACAGGGAUAACAAAAGGAAAAGGGAGGAAGGAGGGUGUCUCCCUUCCCCUACGCACUGGGCACUCAGUCCUUGCCCAGCCCCCCAUGGGACAUUUGCUCCAUGCCAGCCCUGUGCCAGCUCCGGGGCUCCUAAAGUGUGACCUCGCCUUGGAGAUUACUUACCCGGGCUGCACGUGUGAAGGGAACACUCCAGCUCCAUUUGGCAAAUGCUAGUCUGGAGGUUUGCACAGGGGUGAAGCUGUCCCAGGAUGUGACAGCCGCUUCCCCGGAGGGGUGUGGCUCCUCCUCUUGGACUGGGAGAGCCCUCUCCCUACCACUGAGAACUCGUCCCCUUGGCCCCCCUGACAUGACAGGGCGGGCGCCACCUCCGCGUGGAGACUCGGGGUGGAGGGCGAAUGACUCCCUUGCUUAGGGUGGCGACUCCCUUGCUUAGGGUGGCGACUCCCUUGCUUAGGGUGGCGUCUGUUACGGUGCCGAGAUGCAUUUCGACUGGAGGAGAUGCUUCCCUCCGAGACAUUCUUAUUCAGUGUCAUCGCUCACAGUGAGAAAGAGAACCAGUGUUUUCUACGCGUGUGACCGCCGACUGGCGAUCAGGACGCAGAUGCCAGCCAUGACCCACGUAGGAUUAUCGCAGCUGAUAGUGACGUUAAUAACAAAGACCUGUAAGCUAGAACUUAGAGAUGCUAGAACUACAUGUAACCGAUCUA